GUGGCUUGUAGUAUAUGACAAUAUGCUAUUUUACAUGUCGAUUUUUGACUUGGUCUUUUAUUUUUGGAAGGAAGGAAAAAUAUUAAGCCACGAUCCGGAGACCCAGCAGGUGGACAUAGAGGUCCUGUCUUCCUUACCAGCUUUGAAAGAGCCUGGGAAGUUUGAUUUGGUCUAUCACAAUGAAAAUGGAACCGAGGUGGUGGAGUACGCCGUGACACAGGAGAAGAGGAUCACUGUGCGCUGGAAAGAGCUGAUCGAUCCCAGGCUGAUUAUUGACCCUUCCAGUAGCAUCUCCAGUAAAUAACCUCUGACCUCGCCACCUCGCCGCCUACAGUUGUAUUGUUUUGUGAAUGUGACCAUAGCCCGAAGUUUGAAAAAGCAAGAUUAAACGUUGUUUGGACUUUUUGAUAUCUUCACUUUACCCUAGUAGGAAAAAAAAAAAAAUCUACCUCAUCAUUUAGAGUAACAAGGGUGUUGUUUGUGGACCCUUAUUUCCUUCAGGCUAAAGCCAGUAACCCAAGUGAAAACGUGACGUUCCCCGUGAGCAGACCAGUGUGGCAGUGUGCCUGGCUCUCUGCGACCGCUUGGCCACCAGUAGCGGUCGUCACGCAAGGCCAUACAUAGGAGUGUGCUGUGCAUCUUGUUUUGUCUGUCUGUCUGUCUGUUUUUGUCUGUUAAGUCACAUCUUAAAGUAUUAAGGCAUGUUUCUUGACUUAAUUUUUUAACAUGUGAGCUGUUCUGUUAAGCGUGGAGGAGCUCACGCAUCCUAAGCAUUGUAUACUUGUCAUCCUCCAGAGUUAGCGGAGUUGGCUAAGUUAAAGAACCCUUUCCUGUUUUUCCAGCUGUAAACUGGGACUUUCAGGGCCCGGUGCACUGGGUAGUGGGGAGACAUCCUGGUUGUAUUGUCUGGAGGAGCGCCGACCUCGCACUGCCAGAGGGCUGGCCACGAACCCCAGAGCAGGCUGGAGCAAGUGAUCUUGCCGCAGGAUGCCUGCAGCUUGGCUCGGUGUGCUAAAAUGAGGAUCCUGAACAGAGCCUUCCUUUUCUGUUAUUAUUCACCAUAAAGCUAACGGCUGAAUAUAAACUGUGAAAAUCGCUUUCUUUUAACAAAAUCUCAGAUCCCUCCUUCAGCUUUGCAAGUUUUUAAAUAAAAUCAUACGGAACCCAGUA